CCUACUACGUGGAAGGUGUCAGAGUUUUGUUGACAGUUAAAAGUAUAACAGCUGUUAGCAUGUGAAAAAGCCCGUCUUCCGUUAAAAAUGACUGAUUUCAACAAAAAAGUGAAAAACCCGCUAUUCAACAACGCAGUUACUGGAGGUACCAUUGAAGAUUUUGCACAAAAUGCUUUGUUACUUCCAGCUAAGGAAAAAACACCGCCGCCGCCACCCCCAGUCUUAAACCUUGAACCAGAUCAACUUGCCCGUGCUGAAGCCCCGAGUUUCUUGGAACCGAUCCCAACAAACCUCGCCACUUUCCAAAACCAAGACCAUCCGCCCCAGCACCAAACCUCGAACCUAUCCUCAGUCUUCUCCUCAUUUUCCAACAUUUUGAAACUGAAGGAGCCCCAGCCUGAAAUCGCGCCACCUCCUGCUGGAAUUGACAGCAUCCUGAGCCAACCCCCGACAAAUGUUGCACCGGUUCCACUGUUCCCUCCAAGUGGAAUCACCAAUACUCCCCCAAGCGCCCCUCCGCAAGCCCCGUCCAACACCUACCGUAGGCCGGGCCUCAAACGACCCGUCUACGCCCAAGUCCCCGGCUUGAGCAACAGCUCGCAACCGCCCCCUCAACCAAACCCCUUCCCGCCGCCACCGGCUCAGUUCAAACUUAUUGCGCCCCAACCCACCACUUUCCUGAACCCGGUCCAGCCGAGUUUUUUCACCCCAGUUGCCUCAAAUUUGCAAAGCCCGGUCAUGGCUGCCAUCCCAGCCAACGAGCUGCUGCAGACGCCCGACGCGAGCCAAGGGCUACCGGCGGGGGUCAACGGGGAGGCGCUCCCUGCAGCGAAUGCCCCUAACCAGGUCUAUCGGCCUGUGUACCACCACUGGUUUUUCAAGCGCGAGAUUGAGGGGAAAACCGUAUGGCAGCCGUUCUCCAUGGUCGAUUCCCUAGCCUUGGAGCAGGCUUUCACGUCCAAUGAUUUGGAUCCGGAUAAAGUGGUGGCGACUGACGGUGGUCGCUACGAUGUCAAUAUUUUGCGCCGUCAGCGAGACCCAGUCUAUUGGAAGGGUUCCGCCAGUGAGGUCCGGAGAUGUUCCUGGUUCCACAAAGGUAACUCUGACGGUAGGUAUGUACCCUAUGAGGAAAACGUCGCGACCAAGCUGGAGGAAGAGUUCAAAACUGCGUUUGAAACGAACCAAUGGCACCGCAAGGUUGAGUUGGCGAAUGGCGAAACUGUGGUUUUCCACGCUCCUGAUGUCUUGGUUCUUUUCCCACCGACGCAGUCACCCGAUGCUUGGGGGAAUACACCGAACCAGCUAAGACCUCGUGUUGUCAAAAGAGGGAUGGACGAGUUUGAUAUUGACGAAGGUGAGCCGGCGAAAGUCGAUCAUCUCCUGUUUCUAGUACACGGGAUUGGGUCGGUUUGCGAUUUGAAGUUCCGCACUGUUGAGGAAGUUGUCGAUGAAUUUCGCAGCAUUUCCUUACAGCUGGUCCAAUCACAUUAUAAAUCGUCCUGUGAGAAGGGCAUAGCCAAUCGGAUUGAAGUGCUUCCGAUCAGUUGGCACGAAGAGCUACAUUCGGAGGACACCGGGAUUGACCGGAAAUUGAAAAGUAUCACACUUGACAGCAUUCCGCGCUUGCGCGACUUCACAAACGACACACUUCUGGAUAUACUUUUCUACACAAGUCCUGUCUAUUGCCAAACUAUUAUUUCCACAGUCGGGAAUCAAUUGAACAAGAUUUUUGAGUUGUUCAAGCAGCGGAAUCCCGAUUUCAAUGGUGGAAUAUCACUCGGAGGUCACAGUUUAGGUUCUUUGAUUUUGUUUGAUUUGCUAUGCCACCAACAUCCAGAACCCGACAAACCGUCACCUGCUGAAGACGAGGAUACUAUAGCACCAUUAAACGACACCAAACCGCCCCCUUUGCUACGUCGCAUGAGUCGAAGAAUUAGCUACAUGAUGGGUGCCGUAGGCACCGGACAACCCCAAAUACAUUACCCCCACCUUAUUUUCCAACCUAAGGCGUUUUUCGCCCUGGGCUCCCCCAUUGGAAUGUUUGUGACGGUCAGAGGGCUGGACACUCUCGGCGAACAGUUCGCCCUUCCGACCUGUCCAGCGUUCUUUAACAUUUUCCACCCCUACGAUCCUGUAGCUUACCGGAUCGAAUCCUUGAUCAACCCCGAGUUAUCCAAACUCAAACCAGUCCUAAUCCCGCACCACAAAGGGCGGAAAAGAAUGCAUUUAGAACUGAAGGAAACAAUGGCGCGAGUCGGCGCCGACCUAAAGCAGCGCAUAAUCGACUCAAUGAAAAGCACCUGGAACUCGUUCUACCAACUCGCCAUGUUCCACCGCCAAGACGAAGCCUCGCUGGAGGCGGAGGUGGACAAGGCCCUCCAAGAGCAGCUCCGCAAGCAGGAGGAGAUCGAGAGCGAAGAACCGGAACAACCAACAACGGACCUACCUUUAGGCAUCUUGAACAACAACCGACGGAUCGAUUACGUGCUCCAGGAAGCACCGUUCGAGUUUUUCAACGAGUACAUUUUUGCCUUAACUAGCCACGUGUGCUACUGGGAGUCGGAAGACACUAUGUUACUGAUCUUGAAAGAAAUCUACUCCAGUAUGAACAUUUCGACCGACGAUAAAAUACCACAACAGACCAUGACGAUUGAGAGACCACCUCCGUCCCCGAAAUCGCAAAGACCGGGGGCGGUGCAACCCGAUGCGUUUGGCAUGGACCCGACUGCCCCCAUGCAACGCGCCGCCAAUUUGGGGCCGCCCCCGAUGACCGGAUUUGUGAAAAAAACAUAGUAUAUGCUGUUUGAGUGGGUGUAUAGGCCGCUAGCGCGGAGGUACGCCCCGUAUUUGCUCUACGGUUGUAAUAAAAGGAAAAAAAUUGCCGGCGGCGAGUGUAAAUAAUUAUUGUGAUUUUGUUAGGAAAAUAAAUAUUUUUAUACAA